GUUGUCCCACAGCAAGGACAUUUUAUCAUUAGUUUAUGGGCACAAAGGAGACUAGGGGAACGGUUGACUUCAGUGAAGUGGAAUUUAUGUCAAGGCCACUUUACUGUCUUAUAUUUAAGAUAGGGUCAAACUUUAAAAUGGAGUUAGUUAGGUCUCACAGUGAGUCAUCACGGCGGACAGUGUGGGCCGUGGGGAGGGCUCACUCUCCCACUUGGUGGCCAUGGGCGCUCAGCCCCCGGGCAGUAGUGUCCUGCCCCCCAGUGUCAGUCCACUGGGAAAACCGACAGCGCUGCAGCCUUGGGGCAUGGCCAGGAGGUUCCCUGCCUCCCCUUCAAAGCCGCACUGGAACGGGCCUCCCCUCUAGGCGUCACAAUGGCCCGGAUGCCAGGGGCCACUCUGUGACAUCACCAGCUGUGGAAUGGUUAGGCGGGCGGCAGCGCCACUUUGCCCCUUUGUGCACUGACUGCUCAGCAUGGGGUUGCUCAGUGAGCUGCUGGUGUUUUCCCUGUUCCUCUGCUGCGGGGAGCCCUUCAUGUUCUUUCUUUGGGAGAAAGCCAAGAAGCCCCUGGAGAAGGCGCCGUGUGGUACGCUGUGUGGGAAGCACACUCGGGUUUGGCUCAACUACUCAGCACAUGCUCAGGGCUGGCUGGGAUACAAAUGUCUCUGGCUUCUUUUUGUUUUUGUUCUGUAUGUGAUACUGAAGUUUUGGGUGCAUGGCAAGAAAACUAAGAAUAAGACUAAGGUAAGGACGGCUGGCUCUCGUGCGCUCUCUGUCUCUCUCUUUCUCUUUCUCUCUAUUUUGAGACAGGCUCUCACCAAAGUCACUAACUUGUCCAGGCUGGAACUUUUGAUCCUCCUGCCUCAGCCUGCCAGAGUUCUAGGAUUUCAGGCAUGCACCACCACACCUGGAGGAAUGGCUUCAUUUUCGCACCACAUCAAUUCAGUAACAAAUCUCAGACCCAGAGAAACAUGGGUUUUAGUUAGGAGAGGCAGGACUCCUAGAUGUCACGAAUUUAAAGAGAAAGUACCUGCCUCAGAGCACAAUCCUCUUGGCCUUCGAAGCUAUCCAUUUCGCUCUCUACGUAAGAAAAAUCAACAUGCCUCCCAAGACUAUGCAUUUACUGCCUUAACCCACCUUGAGAUGGACCUUAUGAAGUUGAUGUCCAAAGUACGGAAUCUUAAAGCUGCCAUGACAUCCGGCAGUAACCUCAGACUGCAUACCCCGGACUUCUCCAUAGACCCACAGACUUUUGUUACACUAUAUGAAAUAUGGGGAGAAAAUCCUGAAUGAAUGGAUCUGUGUGCCAAAGUAGGAGAGAAAAGGUUGAGUAUUGGCAGACAAUAUCAAACUAAUAAAACUAUUCUGAAGAAAGAA